AUGUCGGAUCUUCCGUUAGGAUAUUUAAACUCUUCAUACAUGACUGUGUCACCAGUUGAAGAUGAAUACGAGUUGAAACUGAAAUUUCCAGCCGUUACUGUCUGCAACUUGAAUCGACAGAAAGCUGCGUAUGAUAAUUGCACAAACCUUGACAUCAUUAAUGGUUGUUUGGACUUAAAUGAUAUAGCUGGAUUUCAUCCUAUUACUGAGCGACGAAACAUUAUUUCCUGCUCAUAUUUUCGAAAUCAAACUGUUUUUAACUCUAAAAGAAACGAAUCAGCAUCUUUUGCUCGUUACAUGAAAAUGGAUGAUAAAAACCGAAGAUUUGUUGGACAUCAGAAAGCAGAUCUAAUCAAACAUUGUGUUUUCAACAUGCAGUUAUGCUCUCUUGACGACUUUAUUCAUUUCCAAAGCUUGCAAUAUGGAAACUGUUUUAUUUUUAACAAAAGUGAUUUAGAGUCGACAUCAAUAGGGUACAAAAGUGGUUUGGAAUUACUUUUGAAUGUAGAGACAGAACAAUAUUCAAUUACUACACCUAGCACGGCAAUCGGUGUAAGAAUAUCGAUUCAUAAUAUUUCAGAAGCGCCAAAUCCAGAAAAAGAUGGAGUAAAUAUCAGUCCUGGUUUCGAAACUUCUAUUGCUUUGAAACAAUAUGAAAUCAAACGCCUACCAUCGCCAUUUAAAGAUCAUUGUCUCGAUUACCAUAUGCACAAUUACUAUAGUAACGAAGCUGAAUGUAUCAAGAUGUGUCUCCAAAGCCAAAGUUUGAAUAUUUGUGGUUGCGUUGAUCCUUCUAUCAUUUUUAUUUCAGAUUUAAAGCACUGCGAUUUUGCUAACAAAACAGACGUAUGUUGCUUAGAUGGUGUACAAAACCAAAUCUCUGAGAAUGUUUCCAUUUGUGAUUGCCCUUUAUCUUGUUAUUCGACCUCAUACCAUAGAGAGAUAUCAAUGGCUGCUUUGCCAAUCAAAUCACGUUUUUUUGUUAAUGGAACUAGUUUAUUAACAAAUUUCAGAGACAAUUACGCCAUUUUGAGAGUAUUUUACAAAACUUUGUCUCACCGUACGUACAAGCAGUUACCCAUGUUUCGUAGCUCUGAAAUAUUUAGCUGUUUAGGUGGUGCUAUGUCACUUUGGCUAGGUUUGUUGCUAGCUGCACCAACCGUGCAAACUGAAAUUUGUAGUAAUAAUCAUGAUUUUAAUAUUACAAUGUAUUCUUGA